GGCGUAAAUUUUGUGGCCAUGGUCGAUCAGACAACGGGCACCGGUACCAGCGCGUGUCUAAUUAGCGACAAAUCACGGGCACUGGUAGCCUAUUUAGGCGCAUCGCAAAACAUUCGGAUAGGUCACUUGUUAAACAAUUACAACUAUGUUGAAAAGGCCCGCUAUUUCUAUACAUCGGGCUAUCACGUGGGUAUAGACCCGGAGUCUAUUAUGAACUUAGCCCACCACGCUCAUAAAGCACCUGGUAAAUUGUUUUGCCUGAACCUAUCGGCCCCUUAUAUUAGCCAAAAGUUGUCAAAACCUCUGUUAGAGCUGUACCCAUACGUUGACAUAUUGUUUGGCAACGAAGCCGAAGUGCAGGCGUUUGCGGCGCUUAAUGGAUGGCAGACAAAUGAUGUGAAAGAAAUGACACGAUUGGCCGCAGACAUGCCCUGUCGGCGUCCGACGGGCCGUACAGUAGUGAUCACUCAAGGAAUAGACGCCGUACUGGUGGCCAGCACUGGGCACAGGGAAGUUUGGGAAUUCCCGGUACCGGUAGUGCCCGAGAGUGAGAUCGUGGACACGAUAGGAGCGGGCGAUGCGUUUGUCGGCGGUUACUUUGCUCAGUUGGUCCGCCAGAAACCGGUGGAUACGUGCGUCCGAAGCGGUGUUUACGCCGCACAGCAAGUGAUCCGUCAGAUUGGCUGUCAAUUCCCGCCCCAAAUGUCAUUUAAAUGUUAA